ACUACACAGUAGCAGUAUACCGCAUACAAGCUCACAUCGACUAUGAGACAUACUUGAACAUCAUGGCCAACCCGUCAAGGGUCAAAGACUACUCUUUUGCAAGGUUGUGUGACCUCAAACUUCAUGUCACUUUGAAAAUAACCUCUCUAGAAGGUCGUAUUCCCAAGAAAUCAUAUACGGAUCUAUUGGAACAUCCCGAACUCUCUCAUACUGGUAUACAAACCGAUGGUCUUGCUGACUUAUACGUCACAUGUCAAUUAUGGACAAACGACCAACCAGCCACUUUAUCUUUCCGAACACCUUGGAAAGAAUACACGAAAUCUUACAAAUGGAACCACACUGUCAUAUUACCUAUCACAUACCCAUCUUUGUUACUCAACUCUAGAAUCGCAUUCACAAUUUGGGAUGUACAAGGACCCGGGGAUCCAGUACCUGUAGGAGGGUCUACGAUGUUUUUAUUCUCUCCCAAUAGGACUUUGAAACGCGGUCAACAAAGAUUAUACGUUCACAGAGGUAAAGAAGCUGAUACAUCUCCCGAUACCUCAACUCCUAGUGAUACGCCCCUGGAUGAACAAGAUGAGAUGGGUAGAUUGGAAGAGUUGGUCAAGGAAUACGAACGAGGUGACAUAACAAAAAUUGACUGGUUGGAUCGUAUGACAUUCCGUCAAAUUGAACAGAUUCAUGCCGAAGAAUCAUCCAAGUCAGAUAAACUUUAUCUUUACGUCGAUUUACCAAGAUUCGACUUUCCUAUUGUCUAUUCCGAGCAGGAAAGUUCCAUCAUUUUACCACCCCCACCUAUCAUACCUCCUUUGCCUCAUGCCAGAGAAACUUCCGCACUUCCAGCAGACUUUUUGUCUUCAGGUCCAUAUUUGUGGAGACGAUACGAUCCGGAUGCUUUGAGAGAGAAUCCGGUAGAAGUCAAACAUCGGAAAUUACUUCGGAGUCAGAGGCUGGGGGACGAAGGAAGGGAUCUCAAGCCUGGUCCAGCAGAUCGAGAUCGACUCAAUGAAAUAUUCAGAUUCCCGCCCACUGCCCAAUUAUCACCUUUAGACAAAGAUCUUCUGUGGAAAUUCCGUUUCUCUCUCUUCCGCUCCCCUCGAUCGCUCACUAAAUUCCUCAAAUGCGUCACAUGGUCAGAUCCAGUCGAAGCGAAACAAGCUGUCGAGAAACUACUCCCUCUCUGGGGCCAAGAGAUAGGUAUGGACGACGCUCUCGAACUUCUCGGUCCGGGCUUCAGCGAUUCCCGAGUCAGGGCUUUUGCUGUUCGUCGAUUAGAAAGAGCCGAUGAUGAGGAACUUUUGUUAUAUUUACUACAACUGGUACAGGCUCUCAAAUUCGAACCAUCUGUGAUUGUGCAUACUGUUCGAGGUCGAGGUAGACAGACACAAAAACGUAAAGAGAUUCCAGAAAUCAAUGAGGAAGAUGAUAGUGGUUUGUCGAAGUUCCUAAUUGAUCGAAGUGUUGCGAAUCCUAUAUUAGGAACGGCAUUUCAUUGGUAUUUGAUGAUUGAGUGUGGAGUCACCAUGCCAUUGUCUAAAAUGUAUGCCAGGGUGGCAUUCCAAUUCAUGAAACAACUAUCUGAAACACCUGAGGGUAAUAUCCAAAGAGAAGUUUUAAAACGUCAAGGUGAACUAGUAGAAACACUUUCCACGCGUGCUAAAGAAAUCCGAGCUUCAAGAGAUUCUCGUACCAAGAAAAUCGAUAAACUUCGAUCUUUUCUAGCAGAUCCAAAACAUGGUUUAUGUCCUUUCCCUUCACCACUCCCAUGGCCAAUCAACGCACACAUCAGUAUAUCUUCCAUCACACCUGAAAAAUCAUCCGUUUUCAAAUCGAAUUUAUCACCAUUGUUAUUAUGGUUCGAAACUACAGAUACUUCACCACGUUUAUCAGAAGAUGACGUAGAUGGAGAAGGGAUCAAUAUCAUCUCACCUGAUUAUCCUAUAAUAUUUAAGAAUGGUGAUGAUUUACGACAAGAUCAAUUGGUAAUCCAACUUUUCGCUUUGAUGGAUCGUCUGUUACGCAAGGAGAAUCUUGAUUUGAGAUUAAGUCCUUAUAGUGUUUUGGCAACGAGUACGAAUGAAGGUAUGGUUCAAUUUGUUACUAGUAAAAGUUUGGCUAGUAUCAUGGCGGAGUAUGGAAGUUUACAAGCUUAUUUGAGGGUGGAUCAUGCGGAUGAAGGAGCGUUAGGAAGUUACGGUAUAGAAGCUGAUGUGAUGGAUACUUUUGUGAGAAGUUGUGCCGGAUAUUCCGUCCUCACAUAUGUUUUAGGUGUGGGAGAUCGCCAUUUAGACAAUUUGAUGCUGGCUCCGGAUGGACAUUUCUUCCAUGUCGACUUUGGUUACAUACUCGGUCGUGACCCUAAACCAUACCCACCUCCUGUCAAGGUAUGCAAAGAAAUGGUAGACGCGAUGGGAGGAACCACUUCCACUCAUUACGCUCGUUUUCAAUCACUCGCCUAUACAGCACUCAUGUUACUUCGUAAAAACGCAAAUCUCAUCCUCAAUCUAAUAGCACUCAUGGUAGACGCGGGUAUUCAAGAUAUAGAGUUGGAACCUGAUAAAGCGGUGUGGAAAGUACAAGAAAAGUUCAUGUUGGAUAUAAGUGAGGAAGAAGCGGUGAAACAAUUUGAAGUUUUAUUGAAUGAUACAAAUGAACGGGGAUAUGAUAGCGGAGAGGAGACGCCGAGAGGAACAGGAGAAGAAGAAGGAACAGGAGACGGUUGGGGGAAUAGUUGA